AGGCUAGGUUGUCCGCUAGGUUCCAUUCGGAUUCAGCCAUUCCUAAAUCUCAAUUUCCAUUUGCCUCCUCCAGUCUAAUCUCUUCGGCUCUUCACUUCCCAAGUUCGCAGUUCGCAAGUCGCAACCUAGCUGGCAGCCGGCACUCCCUGACUCCCAGUCCCAGUUCCCUUCAGCUUCACCUUCCCUUCCCAGUUCCCUUCCCACUUCGCAGUUCGCAAAGAGUCAGCGACGGCGACUUCGAACCUCCUGUUCCAGAUCGGCAGAGCCAGUCUUCCCCUUCGGACUUCGGCUUCCACCUUCCCAACUUCGCAGUUCGCACUCUCGCAGUACUCCUUCGGACCUUCCGUCCUUCAGUUCUCAGGUCUUGCAGAUCUUUAGAUUCAUCUGCACCACUGUUUUAAGCAAGUGAAGCGGGCAGAUUGACAAACCGCCAUGGGCUAUGCACAACUAGUUAUUGGCCCUGCGGGCAGUGGAAAGUCAACUUACUGCUCUAGUUUAUACCGACAUUGUGAAACUGUGCGGCGGACAAUUCAUAUUGUGAACCUAGACCCCGCUGCAGAAAAUUUUGACUAUCCUGUGGCUACAGAUAUCAGGGAACUCAUUUGUCUAGAUGAUGUGAUGGAGGAACUUGGUCUAGGUCCAAAUGGUGGGCUUGUGUACUGCAUGGAGCACCUUGAAGAUAACUUGGACGAUUGGUUGACUGAGGAAUUGGAUAACUACUUGGAUGAUGACUACCUAGUCUUUGACUGCCCUGGCCAGAUAGAACUUUUUACACACGUUCCAGUGCUCCGUAAUUUUGUGGAACACCUGAAACGCAAGAAUUUUAAUGUCUGUGCGGUGUACUUGCUUGAUUCACAGUUCAUCACAGAUGUGACCAAAUUUAUAAGUGGUUGCAUGGCAUCUCUCUCUGCAAUGGUUCAGCUUGAAUUGCCCCAUGUUAAUAUUCUCUCCAAAAUGGACCUUGUGGCAAACAAGAGGGACAUUGAAGAUUACUUAAAUCCAGAGCCUCAAGUUUUGCUGUCGGAGUUAAAUUUGCACAUGGCUCCUCAGUUUGAAAAGCUGAAUAAAUCUUUGAUUGAAUUGGUGGAUGAGUAUAGCAUGGUUAGUUUUUUGCCUCUCAACUUGAGGAAGGAAAGCAGUAUACAAUAUAUCUUGUCUCAAAUUGACAGCAGUAUUCAGUAUGGAGAGGAUGCAGAUGUGAAGGUUAAGGAUUUUGAUCCAGAGGAUGACUAGGACGUUGGAUCCCCAGUGAAGGUGGUUUCUUUCCGCAGUCAAAUUGUAUAAAGGUAUUUAGUUAGGGUUGUGUUAUGGCAGGACAUGGCCAAAACCAGUGGUUUAAAGAGCAAUUUCUGAUUCUUUUUGGGUUGUUGCUCCGUGGCGUAUUGUUGCCAAUCUCUCUUUACCCAAAAAGAGUUUAUUUAACUUCUGUGCAUGAGAUCAAAAUAGAAUCCCCUCCUUUCUUACGACCCUAUCUUUUUCCAUUUUUACUUUUAUCAGCAGAAAGAUGAGCUUCACUUCUCAGCGUUUUUUAGGUGGUGGGCAAUUCAGGUAAUCGUACAGAAUGCAAAUUGAGUUGGUUUAUUUGCUUUGAGCCAAUUUCUUGGUGUUGAAAACUUGUAUGCCAUGUAUAACUGGACUGUAUAUUAGGACUGGAUGCAUCGUUGUUGCCUUUCUUAUUGCAUUGUUGUUGCCUUUCUUCAAUUUCAGCAUUGCAAUUAAUGAAAAUUCAAUGUCGGGAGAUUGGCAUUUAGGA